AUGGAGAAAUUACGCGAAGAGCUAGUCGAUUCGACUGUGGAGGAGAAACGGCUGCGAGAGAAUCGUUUGCGCGAGAAGUAUUGGUACAAGUGGGGUCCUUAUUUAAGCGAACGUAGUUGGGCUACUGUAAGGGAGGAUUAUUCCUAUAAUGGUGAUGCCUGGUCUCAUUUUCCCUUUGAACAUGCAAAUGCUCGAGUAUUUCGUUGGGGAGAGGACGGUCUCUUUGGUGUGUCUGAUAAUAAGCAGAUCGUAUGUACGAACGUUGCGCUGUGGAACGGACGUGAUGAGAGGUUGAAGGAACGUUUGUUUGGUCUCACGGGCCCUCAGGGAAACCAUGGUGAAGAUGUUAAGGAAUUGUACUAUUAUCUUGACAACACGCCUACUCAUUCAUACAUGAAGGCAUUGUACAAGUAUCCUUUCAAAAAAGCUUUCCCUUAUGAGCAAUUGGUCCAGGAAAACGCCAAUCGGGGUUAUCAGGAUAAAGAGUUUGAGAUCUAUGAGAUCGAUGGCUUGUUCCAGGAGAAAGAGACAGGUGAUCGGCCUUAUUUCGAUGUGUUUUACGAGAUGGCUAAGGGCGAUGAAAACCCAAAUGACUUGAACUUUAGAAUCACUAUUCACAACAGAAGCGAUAAGGAAUCUGGUGAGCUAUACGUGGCUCCACAAAUCUUUUUCAGGAAUACUUGGGCUUGGGAGAAGGAUAGUGAGAAGCCAUGCUUAAAGAAGGACGAUAAAGCAGAUAACUUGAUUCACGUGACAACUAGCAAGUAUGGUACUAGAGAUAUCGUAUUCCAACCUUCACCAGGUGCCUUUACCGGCGAUGAUUCCGAGGAUGUCGAAGAUGUUGAUCCCGAGUUGCUGUUUACUGAAAAUGAAUCGAAUUUGAUCAAACUGUUCGGUGUUGAAGAGAAUCCAGCAGAUUACACUAAGGAUGCUUUCGAAGAAUACCUGGUUAAGGGUAACAAGAAGGCUGUUAACCCAAAGAAUGAAGGUACCAAGGCAUGUGCUGUGUACCAUUUCAAGAAUAUCCCACCUGGAGAGUACGUUACCGUGAGAUAUAAGUUCACUGAUGAUCCGGCGGAUAAUAUCUUUCGCACAGAUGAGUUGGCUGUGGUUGACGAAGACGUCUUUGACACUGUAUUUGACAAUCGUGAGGAGGAAGCUGAUAAUUUCUACUGGAGAAUCACGCCUUUGCCCAUUAGUGAAGAAUUGAGAAAGAUUCAGAGGCAAGCCUUUGCGGGCUUACUAUGGACCAAACAGUUCUACAAUCUGACGUACGAAGCCUGGUAUAAUGGUGACGCUAGUAUUAAGCCACAUCCUCCUCCUAAUAGAGCUAAUGGUAGGAACAAAAAUUGGAAGCAUAUCUACUGUGAAGAUAUUCUAUCGAUGCCCGAUAAAUGGGAAUAUCCAUUCUUUGCUUCAUGGGAUACUGCGUUCCACUGCAUUCCGCUGGCAAUGAUCGAUCCAGAUUUUGCAAAGAGGCAAUUGGAUUUGAUGACAAGAGAAUGGUACAUGCAUCCAAAUGGUCAGAUUCCUGCUUACGAAUGGAAUUUUAAUGAUGUUAAUCCUCCAGUGCAUGCCUGGGCAGUGUACCGUGUUUAUAAGUUGGAAAGAAACCUGUACAAUCGUGAAGAUAGAGUUUUCUUGGAAAGGGUUUUCCAAAAAUUGCUGUUGAACUUUACUUGGUGGGUCAAUCGUAAAGAUUCUGAUGGUAACAACGUGUUCGAAGGCGGGUUCCUCGGUCUAGAUAACAUCGGUGUCUUUAACAGAAGUGAGCCUUUGCCCACAGGUGGGAAACUAGAACAGGCCGAUUCAACAGGUUGGAUGGGAUUUUACUCCUUGCAAAUGUUGAACAUAGCGUUGGAACUGGCAAAAGAGAACCCAGUUUACGAAGAUAUUGCAUCCAAGUUUUUCGAGCACUUCAUCCUCAUUAGUGAUUCCAUGUCUUUUGAGUAUUUGAUAGAUACAACGGGAGAGAGUUGCCAAAAGAUGAUUAAACAAAAUCUAUGGAACGAAAAGGACCAGUUUUACUACGAUGCUAUUUCUUGGGGUGGACCAAACAGAGAGCAGUUGCCCAUCAGGUCGCUGGUCGGCUUGAUUCCACUGUACGCUUCAAUGACCUUGGAACCCCAUCUGUUCACCCAGUUCCCUAGUUUCAAAAAGAGGGUCGACUGGUUUAUUGAUAAUAGGCCAGAAAUUUUUGAUAGAAAUAUUGCUUCCAUGACAAAGAGAGGUGUUGGUGAGAGGAUGUUACUUUCUUUGGUGAGCGUUGAUAGAUUGAAAGCUAUUUUGAAGCGUAUGUUGGACGAGACGGAAUUCUUGUCGGAUUACGGUAUAAGGUCAAUGUCGAAAUAUCAUGAAGAGAAUCCCUUCACCAUGCACGUUCAUGGCCAGGAUUAUUCAGUCAAGUAUUUACCUGGGGAAUCAGAUUCUGGUAUGUUUGGUGGUAAUUCGAACUGGAGAGGACCAAUCUGGUUUUCAACAAGUUUCCUGAUCAUUGAAUCUUUGCAGAGAUUUUACUUAUACUACGGAUUUGAUUUCAAGGUUGAAUGUCCAACGGGGUCUGGUGAGUAUUUGAACUUAGCUGAAGUCGCCGAAGAGUUGGGGUAUCGUAUGAUCCACUUAUUCGUGCCAGAUGAAAAUGGUGAUCGUGCUUGUAACUACGGUGAUUAUGCUCACAUGUUAUCCACCGAUGAAUACUUCAAAGAUCUGGUUCCGUUCUAUGAAUAUUUCGACGGUGAUACUGGUAGAGGUCUGGGAGCUUCGCACCAAUGUGGUUGGACUGCGCUAGUAGCCAAAUGGAUCAGUGAUGUUGGUGUCUCCUGCGUGAGAUUGCCUCGUACUGCAAGGUCGUCAGUCUCCACCCCGCUUUCGUCGCCUCCUCCUGAAGAGACCGAGACUGCUAGGAGAAGAAGACUGGCAAGACGUAAGAGUGCAAAAUCCUUGAUCAAUUUCACAGCUACUGUGCUAGAUCUUUCAGAGGAGGAAAAACGCUUACACAGGAUCGGUGGUGCCCCUUCUGGUCUUACGCCACAAACUAGUCCUGCUGUCGGCAAGGACGACGUGGAAGAGCUAAAGCAUGAAAUCACUGAAAAUGAGGGCAGAAGACCAUCACUAGAUGCCACAACUGCUCAUAAGUCAGAAUCGAAGUUGAUGAGUACUUUGAAGGAUAAGAUGAAGAACUUAAAGCUUGGAAGCAAGAGCAGCACUGCAGAGCGCGAAUCCGAGUUGACUGGAUAG